AUGGAAACUAGUUGUAAAAAUCCUUAUCCAUGUGUAACGACGUCGUAUCCAGGAACGGUGGACCAAUACGAUCUGCCCGCGGUAUACCGUUCAACACAGGACUUCGUUGCUCGACUGGUGUUAGAAUACAGUACAACACUUGUCACGGAGGUACUGGUAACAAAAGAUCCUACUCUGUACGAACUGCUCAGUUAUAUCGGCUAUAACUUGGCUACAUGGUUCGCCAUCGGUCAUAUUAUCUGGUGA